AUGAUUGUCUUUCUACUAGUUAUUUUGAUUUCAUUGAUAUUAGUUCUUUAUAUUGCUUAUAAAACUCGAUGGAUAUAUACACUCAUAUACAAGGUUGAUGAAGACUCAACAGCAUAUGGUGGUGAACUUGUCGCUGAUGUUCUUAAAGCUCAUGGCAUUCCUUAUAUAUUUUGUUUAUCUGGCGGUCAUAUAUCACCAAUUUUAGUUGCUUGUGAAAAACAUGGUAUACGUGUAAUUGAUACUCGUCAUGAAGCAAAUGCUGCAUUUGCUGCUGAUGCGGUUUCUCGUUUAAGUGGUAAGAUUGGUGUUUGUGUUGUUACUGCUGGACCUGGUUUAACAAAUACUGUAACAGCAAUAAAAAAUGCUCAAAUGGCUGAAAGUCCAUUAUUAUUAAUUGGUGGUUGUGCAGCAAAUUUAUCUAAAGGACGUGGUGCAUUACAAGAUAUUGAUCAUAUGUCUUUAUUUAGUUCAAUAUGUAAAUAUACAAUUAGUGUUCAACGUGUUCGUCAAAUUCCAAAUCUACUUCGAAAAGCUAUUUUUAUUGCACAAUCAGGAACACCAGGACCAGUAUUUGUGGAAUUUCCAAUUGAUGUUUUAUAUCCAUUUUAUUUAGUUCAAAAUGAAGUUGGAAUAAAACCAAAUCCAAAAACAUUAGCUGAUAAAUUAGCAAAUUUAUAUUUAUCAACAUAUACACGUGGAACAUUUGCUGGUGCUUUUGAUGAACAAAUACUUACACCAAUACCACCACAAAUAUCUUAUGCAUUAAAUCAUUCGAUUCAAAAAGCUGCUCAACUUGUUCAACAGGCAAAAUAUCCAGUUUGUUUAUUAGGUAGUCAAACUACUCUUCCACCAACAUCAACAAGCGAUAUUGUUGAAGCACUUGAAUCAAUGAAUAUUCCAUGUUUUCUUGGUGGUAUGGCAAGAGGUUUACUUGGUAGAAAUAGUCCAAUACAACUUCGUCAUUGUCGUAAAGAUGCAUUAAAAGAAGCUGAUGUGGUUCUUUUAAUAGGAACUGUUUGUGAUUUUCGUCUUGGUUAUGGAAAAGUUCUUUCAAGAAAAUCGAAAAUUAUUAUUGUUAAUCGAAAUUCUUCUAGUUUAUAUCAAAAUAGUGAUGUCUUUUGGAAACCAACAUUAGCUAUUAAAGGUGAUCCAGCUAAUUUUAUUGUACGAUUAAAUAAAAAUUUAUUAGAAAAAAAUUAUAAAUGUUCUGAUUCAUGGAUUGAAACUCUUCGUAGUAAAGAUAAUAUUAAAGAAGAAAUCAAUCGAAAAAUGGGAUUAGAACGAACAGAAUAUCAUUUAAAUCCAGUACAUGUUUUACAAGAAUUAGAAAAUCAAUUACCAGAUGAUGCUAUUUUAGUUGGUGAUGGUGGAGAUUUUGUAGCUACAGCUGCUUAUGUACUUCGUCCACGAGCACCAUUAACUUGGUUAGAUCCUGGUGCUUUUGGUACGUUAGGUGUUGGUGCAGGAUUUGCUUUAGGUGCAAAAUUAGUUCGACCUGAAGCAAGUAUUUGGAUUAUUUAUGGUGAUGGUGCUCUUGGUUAUAGUAUUAUGGAAUAUGAUACAUUUAUUCGACAUAAAAUACCAAUUAUAUCAAUUGUGGGUAAUGAUGCUUGUUGGAGUCAAAUUGCUCGUGAUCAAGUUCCAUUAUUAGGCAGUAUUGUUGGAUGUUCAUUAGAGUUUUCAAAUUAUGACAAAAUAGUCGAAUCUUUGGGUGGUAUUGGUUUUCGACUUGAUCAAACAAAUGAAACUGAAAUGAUCAAUAUAUUUAAACAAGCUAAUGAAAUCAAUCAAAAACACCGAAAAAGUGUUCUUAUUAAUUGUCUUAUUGGAAAAACAAAUUUUCGUCAAGGCAGUAUAUCAGUCUAG